CAAACAAAAAAACCCUAACCUAAUAUUUCUCUUUAGACACGGCAGCCAACCACUCAGCCUCCACUGAUCCAAACCAUGGGCCGCGUCCGUACCAAGACAGUGAAGAAAUCGUCCCGUCAGGUGAUCGAGCGGUACUACUCAAAGAUGACCCUCGAUUUCCACACGAACAAGAAGAUCAUCGAAGAAGUUGCUAUAAUCCCAUCCAAGAGGCUCCGCAACAAGAUCGCCGGCUUCUCGACCCACCUGAUGAAGCGCAUCCAGAAGGGUCCCGUACGUGGUAUUUCUCUCAAGCUUCAAGAAGAGGAGCGAGAGCGUCGCAUGGAUUUCGUCCCCGAUGAAUCGGCUAUCAAGGUCGACCAAAUUGAAGUUGAUGAGGAAACUCUUGAUAUGCUUUCGGUUCUUGGGAUGGCUGAUAUCCCUGGGCUUGUUCCCGCUGCUGUUCCUGUUCCUGUUCCUCAAAUCGGCUUCGGCCGCGGUGGUGGACCCGGGAGGAGGUUUUGAGUGAUGGGUAUUUGAUGGGUUCUUAAUCUCAAGUUAUGUUUUUUUUUUCUGGGUAGUGUCUUUGAUUGUGUUUUUUGUUGGAACAAUGUUAGUUCUUAUGUUAAAUGGUACUGAGAUUAAUUAAGUGUGAUUUGAACUUUGUUUUUGAAGGUAUUUGAAAUGGGUACGUUUAGUUGUUGGCAUGGUUGAUUCUCAUUUAUUCUAUAUUUUUUUUUCUUUGAA